GCAGCCGACAACCGAUUCGACCUCGGUGACGCUAAUCUCCCGUUGCCACCUCCAGCAAAAGUCGGUUUCGACGGCGCAACUGCGGCGUUUGUAACCAAACGUCGACCUUCGAUACUGGAUAUGAAAAAGAAGAAGAAGGUCAAACCUAAAGCCAAGAAACCGGCAGAGGGCAGCAAGAUAUCGAUAUCUACCGCGGUGGCGGAGCCAUUGGCGUCUCCGUCGGCGAUCCAAUCGACGGUCACCAGGCACUCCGAGGCAGCAUCAUUCACACAGGAGCUCGUCAGCAAGGCUGUCGACAAGACUCACGAGCCGACCCAAGAGAAGCAGCCUACGGAAGGCGGUCGUGACCAGUUGCAUACCACCCAAAGUCAUCCGUCGGCCACGCUCGUGGCGCACGCCGGUCCUGGCGGAGACACCGGGAACAUGGUCCGGAAGACGGCCUUGUACUGGGUCUACGUCAUUUCCGCCUUCGUCAUUGUUGUCUUGACCGGUGUGGCCGUGCUCAUGGUGGUCCUGAUGUGGCGUAAGGGGAUCAAGAAAUCCGUGGUCGGCACAUCCACGUCCGUUCGGCCGCCGGUCCUUGGGCUGAUACUGAGCGCGUGAAAACGGUCGUUGCAGAAUUUGGCCGGACCACCCUGCACGGCCGUUUUGAUUGUAGUGCCCUCAUGCCUUCGCCCAUUGCUCACCUUUGCCUCGCGGCCACCGAUUUCAGCCGGGUACCUACUCCACCCAUCCACGGAUGAAGCGAGGAGCAGGUGACACUGAAAGGUCAAAGAGCAGAACUUCAGGCGACUUUGCUUCGCGUGCCUUCGAAGUGAAAUGUUCCAGGCUGGUCUCACGUGUGCCUAAGGACUGCCAAUAUAUGUACACAGGCGCGGGUAAAAACGGUGCAUACAGAUAUCGCGAUGACCGCAAGCGUAGCGAUCAUGGGCGAAGCGCUACCUUAACAGCCAUAGCUAUGAAUAUCAGAACACUUGCGGACAGUCGAACAAAGGCGUGCGUAGUGGUGUUUAACGUUUCGAUAUGAACUUCCCUGUAGAAUUAUUGAGUAGUUUGCGCGCAGGGAUCAAACUCAAUGAAAUAGUUUACGCCAGUGCAUGCAUUUUGUUUGUACUUG